AUGCAGCCUUACUUUGGUUUGCGCGGUGCGCUUCUAAAUCGGGCCAUCAUCUGGCUCGUCGUUUGCCCAGCAUUCGUCUGUUAUGGCUACAACCAGGGUGUCACCGGUGGGCUGUUGACCCUGGCAUCGUUCGCCAGACAGUUUCCCCAGAUGAACACCCUGACCACUGAGGGUGCCGAGCAGCAUUAUAACUCCACUAUUCAAGGAACGGUGGUUGCAUUGUAUACCGUGGGAGGUAUUUUCGGAUCCCUGUCAUGCAUUUACCUGGGUGACCUGCUUGGGCGCCGGCGCGUCAUUUUCAUUACCUCGUUCAUUUCCCUUGUCGGAGCAGUUCUCAUGGCGACCUCGUUCCAAAUGGCUCAAUUCAUUGUCGCCCGUCUGGUGCUGGGUGUGGGUACCGGCGGCUAUGUUGCAACUGUACCUGUGUGGCAGGCCGAGAUUUCCCAGGCUAAGAAGCGUGGCGCCCACGUCGCAACGGACGGCAUUUUCAUCGGCGCAGGCAUCGCGAUAUCCUUGUGGAUAGACUUCGGCUUCUACUUCGUGGAUGGCAACUCGGUCUCAUGGCGAUUCCCACUAGCUUUCCAGGUUGUUCUAUCGGUAGCAGUCAUGAUAUUCAUCACAAUCUUCCCCGAGUCCCCCCGAUGGCUUGUCAAGAAGGGGCGAAGGGAGGAAGCACGCGAGAUUUUGGCUGCGUUAGCCGACCAGGACCCCCAUUCGGAGAGUAUCAACACAGCUCUCGCCGACAUUGAGCGAUCCCUGGCCAUCUCUGGCUCCGGAUCUUGGAAGGACAUGUUGACAAUGGGCGAGCAACGGUUGUUCCAUCGGACGAUUCUUGCCGCCACCGGACAAAUGUUCCAGCAGAUGUGCGGAAUCAAUCUGAUCACCUUCUACGCCACCACCAUCUUCGAGCAGUAUCUCGGUCUCAACCCGUUACAAUCUCGGAUCCUUGCGGCAUCCAUGACUCUCACCCAGCCUCUCGGCGGAUUCUUGGCUUUCUUCACCAUCGACCGGCUGGGCCGACGACCGCUGAUGCUGUGGAGUGCGGCGGGCAUGUCGAUAAGUAUGGCGAUAUUGGGCGGCACCACAUCGGUGACCGACAACACAGGCACACUGGUGACGGCUGUGGUGUUCCUGUUCGUCUUCGAGUUCAUCUUCACCGUGGGUUACUCCGGAUUGACCUUCCUGUAUGCCACAGAGGUGGCUCCGCUGCAGCUGCGGGCCGCCAUCAGCGCGGUCUCCACUGCCGCUGUCUGGACUUUCAACUUCCUUCUGGCGGAAGUAACACCAGUCGGCUUCAAUACCAUCUCCUACAGGUACUAUAUCAUCUUCGCCGUGUUGAACGCGGCCAUUGUACCGGUGGUAUACUUUUUCUUCCCAGAGACCAACGGACGGACCCUGGAAGAAAUCGACGAGAUAUUCCUGCAGUCGAAGACUGUUUUCGACCCGCCUCGUCUGGCGCGGACGCUGCCCAAAAUGCAUAUCGCCCAAGAUGUCGAACCCGAGGCAGGGAAUGAAUCAGGGGAUAGCGUUGUGAAGGACAAGAUCGCGAGUCUGAAUCAAUCUGAAACGCAUCCUGAGACACUCUAUAAGGAAGGAUCAGCUCAACAUUAUAAAUUCCUCAGUAGGCGCCCAAUGAUUUGUAUACCACAGUACCAGGAUACCUCGUUCACACUGUACACCAUGAAGUCAUUCUUGUUCCUAAUUCCCCUUGCCCACGCUGGAGAAGUCGUCUGGGACGGCUUCUUCAACUCCUCCUUCACGAUCGAUCAGCUCGACCAAUGGUCUUGGUCUAACCAAGUCGGCCCUUACCAAUGGUAUAUCCACGGUUCGGAGGCUACCACGAACUACCUUGAAGUCAGCGCCGACUUCAAGAACCCGGCCGACAAGAGCGAUGAGAAGGGCAUCCGCAUCAGCAUUGACGAUACCUCCUCCUGGAAUGGCCAAACCAUGAUGCGCUCUGAGCUCAUCCCUCAGACUGACGCCGAUCUGGGCUCUGGAACCCUGUUCUACCAUUUCUCCCUGCAAACCAAGGAGGAAAAUGCCCCCAAUGUGGCUCUUGAGCAUCAAAUUGCUUUCUUCGAGAGCCACUUCACCGAGCUCAAGUACGGCGGUGACGAGAAGACUCUCCGCUGGCUGACUGACGGCAAGUCGCAGUGGUCCACUGACCUCGUGGCUGGCACAUGGUACAACUUCGCCUACGAGAUUGACUUCUCGGCGAAGACAGUUGGUCUUUGGACCUCGACCGGAGCAGAGGCCCUGACGAAGGUUGUGGAGCCUGUCAGUGCGGCCACGCAGACCGAUUCGAAGGAUUGGCACGUUGGCGAGCUGCGUCUGGAUAACGGACAGAAGGGAGGCAAGGAGGAUUGGUUCUGGUCCGGUGUCUACAUCGAGAAGGGCGAGAUCACCACGGCCAUUGCUGGCCCCGCUGCUUAA